AUGGCUGUGGCACUCUUGGAGGAUUGGUGCAAGGGGAUGGACGUGGAUCCCCAAAAGGCGCUGCUGAUUGUGGGUAUCCCAGUGCACUGUAAUGAGGUGGAGAUUGAGGAGACUGUGAAGACAGGUUUACAUCCGCUGUGUGAGUACAGGGUGGCAGGCAAGAUUUUCAGGAGGGAAGACAAUGCUAAGGCAGUGUUCAUUGAAUUGGUUGAUGUUGUCAAUUAUGCUACGAUACCCACUCAUAUCAAAGGAAAUGGGGGGACCUGGGAAGUGAUAGUCAAACCCCGUAACCCGGAUGAGGAGUUUCUACAUAAGCUGAACUCCUUUCUCAAAGAUGAGGGCCGGAGAAUGGUAGAUGUGGCCAAAACCUUGGGGUUUGGCAUGAUGCCCGUGGAAGAGGGGGUAAGCCCAGAGGCUGCAGGCGACCCCACACCAUUAUCUUUGCAGCCUCUGCAGGAAAACACAUGGUACCGAAAACUCAAAGUGUUUUCGGGAACCAUUUACCCAGGUCAAAAUGAAGAGCCCUUUGAUGUCUGGCUAGAGCAGGUCACUGAGAUAAUACGCAUGUGGCAGGUGUCACAGGGAGAGAAGAGGCGACGCCUCCUAGAGAGCUUGCGUGGCCCUGCCCUGGCGAUCAUUCGGCCCCUCGUGGCCAAUGACAACUCCAUGACUGUGGAGCAGUGCCUGGACACCCUGAAUCAGAUCUUUGGGGAUAAAGAGGAUUAUAGAACAUCCCAAUUCAGGUUUCUGCAGUCUUCUCAGAAGAUUACAGAGAAGAUGUCUGCUUUCUUGGUGCGCUUAGAGCCCCUGUUGCAGAAAGCUGUGCAGAAAAGCCCAAUGUUAAUACAAAAUGCAGAUAUGAUUCGUCUGAAGCAUGUCCUAUCUCAGGUGUCCAUGACCCCCAGCCUCCGGGGUAAGCUUGAGCUCUUAGAUAAGCGAGGGUGCCCACCUUGUUUCCUGGAUUUUAUGAAGCUUGUCCGAGAUGAAGAGGAGCGUGAGAAUACCAUCCUAGUGAUGAGGGAGAAGCAGAGGUUAGAGGCUUUGGCAAGACAAAGGGGUGGUACCAGACAGAGCGCAGGAGUCAGUGUCCAUAACACUACCACUGCUUCUCAGACGGUGACUUUUAGUGAGAGUGGCACCCAGACCACACAUGAAAUGAUACCUGGGACGCUGAAGCGCAGGCGAACAGUGCUUAAUGGUAUAAUAGAAGAAGGGCAGAGUGAGGUUACAAACCAAGGACCUGAGACUGUCCAGCCUAAAAUAGAGUUGGGAAACGGGGAGGGGCCUGGGGCUGUGAGCCACCCCAAGCCCUAG